AACGCCCUAUCCAUGACUCCUUAUCCAUCGUGAACAAUGGUAUAGUCUGAUCCGUAAAGUACAUAAUUGCCUUGCUCUACCCUAAUCGCCAUCUUCUUCUCCUUCUCGAAAAUCAUUUUACUAAGUGAAGCAGUAAGUUGACGGGAUCAACUAACUACCUAGGAGAGAGAAAAAGCGCAUAAGUUUUCAUCUUUCCUAGGUCUUCACUUAUACACAUACGUUCCUCUCUAACAAGAUGUGUGGGUGCACGAAAACCACGUACCUCUGUCAAUGUCGACAUAAAGAGCGAAGAGUAGAACGUUGCCAUAUCUACCAGCUCCGGGAUCAAGGAUCCUUCUGGGCCUGGUGUUUUCCGAACUGUCGUACCACAGUUCUCAAACAUCGUCUCAAGCGCGUCUGCCGCGAUUGCGGAGAUUAUUUCCACGAAAAGUACGGCGAGGAGCAAUACAAGAAGUUCAUCCAGCUCUUCCUCGAGUACAAGGAGAGCAAAGGUUGGGGUAAGACCGCCAUUGAUCCACGUACCGUCCCGCGCGAAGUCCUACUCAAACGACAAUCUGCGCCGCCUCAACUAUCAUCUCGCAGCGAUGGACAGCCGCGAGCAAGGGGUCAACCAUUUCAAGUUCAUCAACCUAUGGUAGCAGAGAUCGACAGGCCUCCUAUAAGACGUCAUGGCACACCUUUUGUACACCAGCCCAUGCCUCCAAGCCCUAGCGAGGGCAGCGUCGAUACCGUGAUAUCGUCUUUGAAAGCAGCCUUUGUGCCAAAGGUAAGUGGUGCUAAAGCCCAGCGCUCAGACCCAUCGUAUGUGCCAAACAUAAACAAACCCUUGCCGGCUGACCCGAGUCCAUUUGUAGUAGGGGAUUUCGAAGACGAAGAUGGCAACACCGGCCACGUAGAGAAACCGCGUGUGUUCACGCCGGACCCCGAGCCCAUAUAUGACAGCACCAGACUACCGCUAGACUUCGGCAUGGUCCCCGAACUAGCACACCUCGCCCGAGACAAGCGGAGAGGUAAGCGGCGACACAAUCGUCGCCCGGAACUCCAACACCCUCAGCCCAAGCAUUACAAAAUCCCGCGGAGACUUCGCAAUCCCGGGAGUGUUUCGGACUGUAGUCUCGUGAAGAGGCUCACUAAGGCAGCCAGGAAGCUCGUAAUUCCAAACCUCGACUGGGACGAAAUCGACGGAAAACUCGUGCCACGGGAAUUAACCCCUCCACCAGGCGAACCACGCACUCCCACACCCCCUAGCACCCCGCGUACUCCGAAACAGUUUACUACUACAGGUCUUUACAGCCCUACCGACAUGGCCAUCGCUAACAACACCGUUCCAGGGCCACUGGCUCCAGGACGGAGGCCGAAGAUGAGCGAACCGCAUAGUGCCAGACAUAACGGCGCCUUUGCAACAUCCCCCAAGUCCUACUUCGUCACCACGCAGGAAGACCCGUCCUCACCCACCGGUGCCUCAGCCCACGUCCUUCAUUCGCGGUCCCAUAAACGCGUCGUCGUUCCUCCGCCGCUCCGUCUCAACGGAGUCCUAGUGCCCUCGGCAUCGGACUGCCCGCACCAUCCCAACAAAGGGAGAGGGGACCCCGACGCUGACUGCACGGCGUGUCGCGGCUUAUUCUUUCGAGAACGAGGUCUUCCCUCCGAGACAUUUAUCGAGCAGGAGUGCCGCUCCGCGACUUUCGAGAAGAUGCACUCGCCCGUGUUGGUCUCCGUCAAAGUCCCCGAGCGCCGAUACUCUUGUGCUGUUCAAGCGUGUUACUGUGAUGAAUUGAAUGAUACAGGGAGGUGUGUCCCGUGUCGUCAGCGCGACAGCAUUGCGAAACAGUUGCAGAGCAAUUGGAUCUGAGUAAGUCGAUGAAUGCGUGAGUUACUAUAAGAAUGAACAAAGAAAGAAAAGGAGAGCGGCAACCGUAAACUGAGAUUGAUAAGUAAAGAUGGUGUGAUGGGUUUACCGGCGCAGUUUUUUUUUUUUUUUAGUAAGUCAGCUAUAUGCGUUUAUAUCACCGUAUAGCGAUAUUAUAUCUU